UUUAGAUUGAAAUGGGCUGUUUGCUUGAAAAAAUAUAGAAAUAUAAAUAGAAAAAAUUGAAUAAAAUUGUAUUAGUACAACAACCUUUUGCUGAUAAUGAAGUUUAAACAUAGAAAAAGGGGCCCUAAAUUGUCAUUCAUAAGGUAUGAUAUUUCAUAAAAUUCAAGGAUAUUAUUGCACAAGCAAAUGAAUAAAGAAUUGCACAAUUGUAAAAAUAAAACCAUUCCAGAAAUUAUCAGAUAGAAUAACAGAACCAAUAAUAGAGGCAAUAACAGAGGCAAUAACAUAUUCUUUUUUAAAAUGAAAUAUAACCAGAAAUAUAAGAACCCUAAAUUAUCAUUCCUGUGGUACGAUAUUUUCAUAAAAUUCAAGUAAACUAUAGCAUAAGCAAACGAAUAAAGAAUUGUAGAAAUGUAAAAGAAAAACUGUUCCAGAAAUUAUCAGAUAGAAUAAUAUGAGAGAUAAUAAAAAUUAAAAAAAUGUGAAGAAUAUGAAAUGAAAAACAGAGGAAGAGGAACUUAUUUUUUAAGAUGGUCAAUCAAUAAUUGA